AUUCAAAAGUGUUUUCAAAACUGGUAAACAAUGGUUAUUUAAUUACAACGACUUGCUCAUUUGGAGGUGUGAGCCCAUUGGAAUAUCUAUUACCACGAAUUCAUCCAGAUCUGAUUAGAUUGGGCAUUAGAGAACGAUUACAAUGUCAUAUUAAGAAUUGCCAGAAAGAAACCAAUUCAAUCAAUAGUUACGCCAAUUCAAAAUAUCAAGAUAUCAAAAAGAGAGUUCAGGAUUGUGGAGGAUUGGCAAAUAUUGGAGAGGAUCUUGCAAUUGAAUAUAUGCAGUUUAUUGGAAAGGAUGGUGGUGUAUUGCGUAGAUUAUCUAAAUCUUUGAUUAAUGACAGAAGUUUUGUGUUGAAAGCUGUUGAGAUUUGUCCUGUUGACAUUUUCGCAGCUCCUGAUCAUUUCCAGAAUGAUAGAGAGAUAGUAAUCACAGCAUUACGCAAUGAUGCAUGGAUAUUGGAAAAUUUGGAACAUGCAUUUCAGUACGAUGAGGAGAUAUUUGAACUUGUUGCACGAACAGAUUUGGCAGCUCUAAUGUUUGCUUCUGAACGAUUAGACAGUUGUAGUGUAACGUCUUCUUUCGUGGCGCCAACUAAUGUAACGGUUUAUUCUCGACUUGUAACAUUUUUUAAAAUCACAAGCGAAAAAUGGCUGGAGUUUCGACUUGGCCAAAAAAUUUUUGGGGACAAAUUUUAUCUACCUACAACUGUCUAUGAACGAUUGAGGAAUGAUACUUCUUUUAUAAUGAAAAUGUUUCGUAAAAUUGCACAAGAUAGUUCGAUGGACCAUAUGAGCGAAAGAGAAAUUGCUAUGCGUAUGGUCAAGAUGAAUGGUUUAUCUCUUCAGUUUCUCAAUGAGGAAUACAGAGAUGAUUUCGAAAUUGUUACUUGCGCACUGAAUAAUCAUUGUCACUCUCUUGCUUAUGCUUCUGAGAGAAUUAGAAGUGAUCGAGAUUUUAUGAAAAAAGCAAUUGAGAAGUACAGCGUUGUUUACUCGUAUGCUUCGGAUGAUUUACGAAAUAAUGAUGUUGAACUUGCUUUGAUUAGUAUAAGGGGAGGGAAUUGGAUUCCUGUUGAGCAUGAGAUGAACAGACAAGUUGUAAAAGAGGCUGUGAAAAAAUCAGCAUUACAAUUGACUAGAGUUCCUGAUGAAUUAAAAAGUUGUGCACCAUUCAUGUUUGAGAUUAUCAAUGAAACCACUGAACCAAUUUUGAAAUAUAUUACAAACGAAUUGAGAUUUUCUCAAGAUUUUGUAUUGGAAGCAAUCAGGAUAAGUAGCAAUAAUGUGCUAGAUCUUAGGAAUGCAGAAAUGGAUAAUAAGGAAUUUGCGAAAAAAGUUGCUCAACUAACUGGCUACACAUGUACAUAUAGAAACGACCUAUAUGAAGCAAGAAUGGAAUACAUGUUCCAUGGAGCAAAGUGCUAA